AUGGCCAAUGUCCUCAAGCUUGUAGCGAAGGGCGACAUCAGCGCCCUUGAACAUGCUGUCAGUGAAGGUGCAGAGGUGAAUUAUUCCAACGAUUCGACCAGUCCCUUGAUAGCUGCUGUGCAGGCACAGAAUGUGGAUAUGGUGGAGUUUCUGUUGCGCGCGCGAGCAGAUGCGAACUGGGCAACACUUGGCGCUGAAGUGGCUCCGUUGCACAUGGCCGCCUUUGACGGAUCGAUUGAGAUCAUGAAGCUUCUUCUCGGCAGGGCAGCUGAUGUGAACGUCCGGGAUCGCCACGGCCAAACUCCACUUUUCUUUGCACCCUCAGCAGAGGCCUGUGCUGAGUUGAGCAGGGCCAAUGCCAACGUCAAUGCUCUGAACAAGAAAGGCCAGUCUGCAAUCCACACUGCGGCGCAUGCCGGGUUGGACGAAGUUGCGAAAUGGCUUACCGACCACGCCAAUCCGGGGCUGAUCAAUGUCCAGGACAAGCAUGGCCGGACGGCAUGGUAUUGCGCCACCAGGGCGGGCGAUGCCAAGACGGUGACCGUGUUGAAGGAGAAAGGUCCCAUUACCAAGCUGAAGCCGCACAAAAAAUGGCAAGUGACACCGCCACCUCCGAAGCCAAAACCGCUCGUGGACCCCAACCCUGUCAUUGUCAGCAGGCCGGAGGCGGAAGAACCAAAGCCUGCAAGGGUCACGAAACAACUGUCCGUUCAUGUCGACAAGGAGUUUUCUUCGAUUGACAGUUUCGAAGUGGUUUCGCCGAAGAGAUCUGCAAAUGAGCUGCGCCACCUAUCUGACGAGGGUCGAGAUGGCCAGGCGGAUGCGGAUGUGCUGGCUGUUCUCCAAGACAAUUUGGAGGAGGAGCCCGGUACACAGCAGCUCCUGAAAGAUGCAGAGGCUCUCUUCGAGGUGGAGGGCCAGCCAGAGAAUGAUCUGCAUGUCGGCAGUGCAGAGCUGCCGCAGAGUCCUGCAGGGAAGUCAGGUUCGAAGACCACACCCCAGGUUCAGAAGCUUUUGGAGCUGGAGAAGGAAGCCUCGCAGGUCCUGCUACCUGGCCAGCCUGAUGAUGAGGCUCGGGCAGAAAUGCAGCGUGCGGAAGCAAGACAGGCAGAAGAGGCCCGGCUUGCGGCAGAAGCGCGCUCGGCUGAGGAGGCGCGGCUCGCUGAGGAAGCGAGACUGGCUGAAGAGGCCAGGCUUGCGAAGGAAGCCAAGCUUGCAGAAGCACAGAGUGUAGAGGAAAGGCGGAUUGCAGAAGAGGCAAGGCGCGCGGAGGAGGCGCGACUGGCAGAGGAGGCCCGCAUUGCGGAAGAGGCAAGGAUUGCCGAAGAAGCAAGGCUAGCAGAGGAGGCCCGCAUUGCGGAAGAAGCAAGGCUUGCUGAAGAAGCGCGACUGGCAGAAGAGGCUCGGCGUGCAGAGUUCGAGGCCAAGUUGCGUGCGGAGAUGGAGGCCAAAGAGAAGCAGGUGAACCAGCGUGUUGAUCCAGAUGGCUGCAUCACUUGGGAGGUUGACCUCAUGAAGAACGAGGGUGAGGCAUUUGGCUUCAGCCAUAGCAACGCCAAGGUGGAGUUUAGUCGCGCCCGUGGCUUGCCCGCAUCGGAGGAAGUGGGGCCGGACAUGCUCUUUAUCAAUGCCAUUGCAGCAGCUGGCAAGUUAGGCGCUUGGAACGAAGAAUACUCUUUCGCGAAGGUCCUGCCAUGCGACUAUGUCGCUGAGGUAAAUGGCUCGAGGUCCCGCGUGAACUCGAAGUGGAUACCGAACCCCAUAGUUUCUUUUGCGGUCAUGCGGUGGGUCUGGAUGGCGCUCGAGUUUGCAGUGGUGCUUGCCGACUCGUUUCAGGGAAUACCUGAGGAGGGUGACGCCCAGUGCUUUCUGUCGAAGAAGCGCGUUCCGAGUGCACCGAUCCUUGACAUGAUCGCAAGCCGUGCGGGCUCGCAUGCUCGUCUUCAGCACACAUCAGUGCUUCAGCAAGAUGCGAAGGUUCCCGACGUGUUAGACCACAUCUCCUGGGAUCAGCAGCUGCGCGAAUACCGGAUGGUUGCCGACGACGUUGCGCCCGUGCCCGUCAAGGACCGGUGCCCGCUUCAACGGGUGGACGUUCAGAAGGCUUCGCGCUCCGAGCUGAAACACCUGGACAAGCCCGUGAUAUUUACAAACGUCUUCGACACCGACGAGGAUUGGAUGUCUGACCUCUCGAAGGAGCAGCUGAUGGAGGAUUAUGGGGAUGUGGAGCUCUAUGACGACGCCUUCGACCAUCUGGGGGCAGGUGCCUUCCUGCGGGAUCAUCUGGACGAUAUAGAGACGGUAGAAGAUGCGGCAAACGCCAAGCAGCCCGGGAACCUGAUCUUCUUUGAGGAUGAGGUGGCCGACAAGAUGGUGUCCAAGAUCCUGGACUUUGUGGAGGACAACCUCCCUGAAGACUCCCGGAAGGUGGUCUUGCCAAAGGAUACCGACAGCACUUGGGAGAACCGUGGCGUUUCCUUUGGGCAUCGAGGCCAGUGGAACCAGAUGCACAUUCACAACCGCUUCAUUUUCACGCAGAUUCUGGGAAGUAAAGGCUGGGUCAUGUCACCGGCACAGGCCUUCCCUGACCAGGCAGAAGAUCGCCAUUCGGUGAUUCCCCUAACUCAUCCGGCCAUGUGUAGUCCGUUCUUCAAAGACGACCAAAAGCACAGCUACGCACCGUACAACCUGGCAAUGAAGGACUUCUUAAGGAAUCAGACAGACGCCGGCGUUGAGUGUGUUCUCAAUGCUGGGGAGGCCUUGUAUGUCCCUGGAACCUCGUAUGACCUCAGCUGGUGGCAUGGAACUUGUGAUCUGGAUCAUUGGAAUGCCGGCGUCACAAGCAUCUUCCACUCUCGGCAUGAUCUCACGCAGCGCAGGAAAGGCAAGUGA